CUGUAAUUAACACUUGUUUAUAGAACGCAAUGCUGGGUGCUGCUGACGUCACAUUCCUGCGACCGGCUCCCAGGGAAGGUUGAAUGAGUAAAAGCAUGACGCGCUUACACAUGGUUUUGAUACCAGCAGGAUUUUUGUAUGCGAUUCUUUUAUCAGGUGUGGAGUCGGGGCAGAAACCAGAGCAGGUGUGUGUCAGCUCACAGUUCAGCUGCUCUGAUGGACAGUGUGUGCAUCACUCAGGGAGAUGUGAUCACCAUGAAGACUGCAGAGACGGCAGUGAUGAGAAGAACUGCGAAGAGAACGAGUGUGAGGUGAAUAAUGGCGGCUGUUCUCAUCACUGUGUGGAUGAGCCUCUAGGGUACAGGUGUGACUGUCCUCCUGACAUGAGACUGGUGCAGGACACACGCUGUGAAGAUAUGGACCCCUGUCUGGAUGCAGAUGUGUGUGAUCAGGUGUGUAUUCAUUCUAACAUCUCUUAUACCUGUGAGUGUCGUCAUGGUUACAUGAAGAGCUCAGGGACUGGGCGGUGCCUGGCUACAGGUGAUACAGCAGCGGUGGUCUUCAGUAGCAGUGAGGGAAUCGUGUGGAUGAAGCCUGAUGGGUCUGAGAAUAAAAAACUCACCAACACAACAGGAACAUCAGGAGCUUUAACCUCUCACACUGCUGAUAACACACUGUACUGGACCAACACUGAACACAUCUAUAGGAUGGUUCUGGAUGCAUUAGAUCAUGAACCCUCAGUGAUGUUCUCUGGAGUCAGUGGGAUUGUGGGUCUGGCUGUGGACUGGAUUAAUGAGGUUCUGUACUGGACCAGUAACAGUACUGGAGCUGUUCAUGCUGCAGAACUGAACGGAAGUGAACACACUCCUCUAAUCUCGGGUCUGUCGUCCCCGACCGCUGUCGCCGUGCAGCCUGUAGUCGGUUUCCUGUUCUGGGCCGACGCUGGAGUUUCUCCCAGAAUCGAGCGCUCUGGUCUGAACGGACAGAACAGGAAAAUCCUGGUCAGCUCCAUUAUUCAGAACCCCGUCUCCAUCGCUCUUGACGUUCCCCGUGGGCUGCUGUACUGGGCCGACUCGGGCCUGAACACCGUGUCGAGGGUGGCGUACGACGGCCUGCACAGGAAGACGGUGGUGGAAUCAAACGGUUAUCUGAACCAGCCGUUUGGACUGGCCGUGUUUGAGAGUAGUGUGUACUGGACCGACAGGCUUAAAUCUGCGAUCUGCCGUGCUGAUAAACACAACGGGGCUCUGCUUAAAGUCACCCUGAUCUCUGGAGUGAGCUCUCCAGCAGGAUUGCUCAUCUACCACCGGCUCCUGCAGCCUCCAGUGUCAGACACGGCCACGUCUCCAGCUAAGUCUUCCAUGCUGGGCUCAGACUCCGCCUACAUCUGGAUCCUCUCUCUGAUUGUUUUCUCCAGUGUUCUUUUUGCUGCUCUGUUUCACUACCGGAGAACUGGAACCUUCUCAUCGUCUCUCUCUCAGUUCCCUGGAGAAUCCACGAUGAAGGAGUCACAGGAUCCACUCGUAGCAGCAGGAGACCCCGAGACACAUGAAGACAAAGAAAUCAUGGCCCCUGUUCCUGUCUGAAGUGACAGAAGAAAAGAGAGAUUGUGCGUGCAUGGGGGUGCACAAGUGUGUGUGUAUGUGUGUGUAUGUGUGUGUGUGUGUGUGUGUGUGUGUGUGUGUGUGUGUGUGUGUGUGUGUGUGUGUGUGUGUGUGUGUGUGUGUGUUUGCACGUGUGUGCAUCUGUGGGUUUGUUUAUGGGUCUGUUGUGUUUGUUUGUGAGUGGGUGUGUCAAACUGAUGAUGGCUAUGAAUGUUUUUUUUUUUUGGCGGGGAAACAAUGCUGUAGUUGUAUUUAUUAGUUGAGAAAUUGAAAUGUAUUUAUUUGUGGUUCCUUCAGAUCAUCUUGCUGAAAUAAAAAAGUAAACAUGUGACAAG